UUGCUCAACACUGCUUCUAAAAAGCAAAAGGAAACAACAACGUUAACGGGUGACGAACGAAUCUCUUCAAGAUUAUACGGAUAUUGGAGGAAUUGAAAGUUAAAAGAAAAACAUUUGAAAUGUUUGGACUAAACCAAUAAAAAGGACACACAAUAUAAGUUCAUUGUAAAUGUGGAUAUUUAGAAAACGGAACAUGUGUGAUGUGUUUUGCCAGCAGCAUAAUCGAAGCUCAUAAGAAAUUAUUUAUAGCGCCCACAGAGACCACAUCGACGACGACUCCACCCUUGACAAGUAAAAUGUCUCGCAGUAAAUCUAAAUCUCGUUUGCAGACAGAAGUUUGUGGAGAUUGUGGAGCUACAGAUCCUUCCUGGGCUAGUAUAAAUCGAGGCAUAUUGCUCUGCGCCGACUGUUGUUCGGUUCAUCGCAGUUUGGGACGCCAUUUUUCCAUAGUGAAAUCUCUGCGUCAAGGUAAUUGGGAGCCUUCAGUAUUGAAUUUCGUUAAUUCACUUAAUGCCCAUGGAGCCAAUAGUGUAUGGGAGCAUCAUUUGUUGGAUGGUGGAGCAACUAACUCUUCCAGUGGCAAUAAACAUUUGCCCCGUUGGCGCAAACCAACACCCAAGGAUGCAUUGCAUCCAACAAAGUCGGAUUUCAUCAAGGCCAAGCAUGUGAAUCUAACGUUUGUAUUGAAACCCAGUCUUCAGGAUAUGGAAGAUGAUGUCGGCGGCAAUGGUGGCAAUCUGGAGCAAGAGUUAAGCAAACAACUUCAUGCCAGUGUAAGGACUAGCAAUCUGGAGACCUCUUUGCGUUUGCUUGUCCAAGGGGCCGAUCCGAAUUACUAUCAUGAAGAGAAAUGCUCAACUCCAUUGCAUAUGGCAGCGAAAUUUGGUCAAGCUUCGCAGAUCGAGAUGCUAUUGAUCUAUGGAGCCGAUGUAAAUGCCUUAGAUGGCAAUGGAUUGACACCAUUGGAAUUGGCCAAGGCUAAUAAUCAUAAUACAAUCGCAGAGAGACUGCUAGAUGCCAUGUACGAUGUGACCGAUCGUAUAAUUGUCUAUUUGGGUGGCAAAAAACCGGAUCAUUCGACUGGCCGCCAUCUGGUCAUACCAGAGACAAAUGGAGCCGAUAUCAGUGAACAGCUGAAAAUAGCACGCGGCAAAUUGCAAUUGGUGCCUAAUAAAAUGUUUGAAGAGCUUGUCAUGGAUCUAUACGAUGAAGUAGAUAGACGCGAAUGUGAAGCCAUUUGGUCUACAAGCACUUUGAAUGCUGAUCAUGCCACUGUACCAUUUCUUCCGGCCAAUCCGUUUCUAAGCGCCACUCGCAAUCAGGGUCGCCAAAAGCUGGCACGUUUCAAUCGUUCUGAAUUCGCUGGUCUCUUGACCGAUGUGCUUAUCGAUGCUUUGCGUCGACAGAAUAUGGCCAAUUUGCGUCCACUAGAUGCACCAGUAAUGCCACCGCAUCAUAUACAACAACAACAACAACAUACAUCGUUGCAAUCGCUGCAAUCAUUUAAUAAUUCAGUUUUGCUCAACUCAUUCGAACAGAGCGCCAUACACGAUCCAAAUUUGUCAGAUGAUGAGCCAAUCUAUGAUCCCGUGGCCAGCGAUGAUGACUACUCUCCAGUGCCGGCAAUGGCCCAGCAGGCUCAGACUCACAGUGAAAUGGAAACAUUACGCAAACAGCUCAGUGAAUACAAAUCGGAAAUCAAUCAGCUAAAGAAUGUUGUGCAAAAGCUAUCCAGUGAGAAUUCUCAAUUGAAAUCGAAAUUCUCUAGUACGUCAAAUACCAGCGUCUACGAUGAGCCAUUACGUAUUGAUUUGAGUCUCAGCAGUCCGGACACAGAACAUGAACCACUCUCUUUGCCCGAGGGUGUUAAUCCAAAUGACAGCUCAUCAUCUUCGAAUCAAUCGACCAUAAAAAGACCAGCUAGCAUGUAUGAACGACGAUUAGCACCAAUAGUGGUCAAAGGGCAAACAGAUGUCCGGAAUACAACCAGCAUGUAUCAAAUGGCUGGCGAUGGCAAGCCUUUUGGCGAAGAGGUUAAACUAAAAUCUGAUUUAGUUACACGGCGUCUUAAGGAAUUGAUAAUUGCCAUGCAGCAAGGACCCGAAGAACAAAAACAAUCGAUAGCACCGCAUGGUGAAAGGAUACGUUCAGCUGUUACCGAUUUGAUAGCUUUGUAUACAAAUUUGCCACCCAAUGCUAGUGAGGCAACUAGAGAAACUCUUAAACAAUUGACACGUCAUAAUAUUCUCAUACAACAUGAAUGUGAGAAUUUACAAAAGUCCAUUGAGACUGAUGAUAAACUGGGCAUACAGAAAAAUACCUUGGAAGUACGAGAUUGUGCCUUUCAUAUAGCUAGUGCCAUCAAGACUUUGGUUUUACAAUUCUAUUAACAACCAUUUUUUUUUUUCUGCAAUUCUUUUUUGUGUUGUCUAACAAUUACAAGUAUUAAACCCAUUUUGUGACUAACAAAAGUGCUUCCUCUAUAGAGAAGC